AUGUGCUCCGGAUGUCACCAGCAUUCAGCACAAUCGAACAAUUGUUGUCCACAUUGGGUGGACAAACAUCGUCCUACCGCACCCAGAGCCCAAUCCUGCGGUGGUCAGGGACCAAACGGUGGCUCCAUCGGUGUGAUAACUGGAGGUGGAGUUGCAGGAAUUGCACCCAGUAGCGGAGCUACCGACCCAUCCGUUGGCAAUAUUGCUGGCUUUGCAGGGGCCAGCGGCAACAACAUGACGGUCGGCUUCAAACCAGCUGGUCAUGCUAGUUCAGCAGGCUUGACUUCGUCGGGGAAUUGCGGAAGUGGAGGCUUUGCUGGCAAAUCGGUCUGUGAUAUUGCUAGACCGAUUCCACCGAGCACUGUAAGCACAAACUGA